AAAAACCGUGACCGGACGGCACUGGCUGUCAGUUCAGGGCCAGUGGGUGACACGCCGAGACCUUUCUGGCACCAUUCCGUUGCUCUCGCGGUCCCGGCAUUGGUUUAUUAUGGGAGGCAAAUUGUGGCAACACUGCGUACUGACGCUCGCCCUUGUGGUGGGCGCGUGUUGGGGCCACGGGCGGCUGGUGGACCCCCCCUCGCGGGCGUCUGCCUGGAGAUUCGGCUAUGAUGUGCCCAUCGACUACAAUGACAACGAGGGCUUCUGCGGGGGCUUCGCGCACCAGUACCAGAACCAGGGCGGGCGCUGCGGCAUCUGCGGCGACGCGUGGGACGAGAACCCGCGGCCGCACGAGGCCGGCGGGAAAUACGCCACCGGGACGAUCGUGCGCACGUACACGGAGGGCCAGACGAUCACCGUGCGCGUCGACAUAACCAGCAACCACCGCGGCCACUUCGAGUUCCGCAUCUGCCCCAACAACAACCCCAGCGUCGAGGCGUCGCAGACGUGUCUCAACGCGCACCCUCUGUUCAAGGCCGACGGAUCAGGCUUCGAGCACAAGAUCAGCACCAACAACGGAGAGCAUGCGGUGCAGCUGCAGUUGCCCCCGGGCCUUACGUGCACCCAGUGUGUCAUGCAGUGGCGCUACGUGGCAGGAAACAACUGGGGCUAUUGCGAGGACGGCACCGGGGCGGUCGGAUGCGGACCCCAAGAGGAGUUCCGCGCAUGCGCUGACGUGGCGGUGGUUGCGCAGCCAACAUGGUCCAGCGCCGGCUUCACGAAUGCGGCGAACGCGACCAGCCAGGCCAGCGAGUCGGUGACGAGCAGCUACAGCUGGUACUCCACGCCCGACCCGAUCACGCUGAGCCCGACUGAGAAGCCGCCCCCGCCGCCCACAACGACCCGGCGCCCAACGUCCAUCAGAAGGACCACCAGACCACCAACAAGAAGGACCACGAGCCCGAGGCCCACCACGACGUCCGCUCAGCUCAAGUCCACGCCCGCGCCUACUGCUUGCAGAGCCGUCGGCCCCUGGAAGGACAUACCUGGAAUGAACGAAUGGUGCAUCACUAACUGCAUGCACACGCCGUCCUUCUGCCCCGCCUCCCACUGCUCGUGCGACUAACGUCCCUUUCGACAGCGGGUCGCUAUGGCGGCGAGGCGGGAAACCCUUCACUAGUCAGGGACGAGGGGAAGGCUCUCGCUCGCCACUCCGGUGACUCUCGUAGCCACAGUGAGGCUAAUCGUGCUGAAAACAUGUCUGGAACAGCGACUCCAUUUGCCAUCUCACCUCAAGAAUGUAAUCGUGUUUUUGAGCUAAAGAGUUGGUAUGUGGAAACGCUAGGAACUGUGUGCCAUGGUUAAUAAUCUUCUAAAUGCCAAUGAUGCAUUUCUUGAUUACUGUAUUGCCCGUUUUAAGCACUUUGAUUGUUUUGCUUUAAGUGUGAUUGCAGGGACUCAUUUCCUUUAUUUUUAUCUGUGGGGAUCUGCAUAUAUGCUUAAGUGUGUUAAUUUAUAUAGGUUAGUGUGAUUAUUUAUUUUUGGGUUAGUGCAAUUCGUGUGCAGCAUAGUCAAAAAGGUUUAUUAACUCGCUGUGAGAUGUGACGUGUCUUUGAUCUUGCGUGCUUCCUGAAAGUGUAAGAAAUAAUCUAAUAUGAUCUAAAUGGUGAAUGAUCCUGCAUAUCUCAAAACCCUAUAGUUGUGAUGUAUGAUCGUUUGAUAUAAAAUCAUGUAGAAAUAAAUGAUUACAUAAAUUAUGCUUACAUAUCUGAUUCUGAAAACAUGUACCGAUUGCAUCAGUUACAAUUAUUGGUAAGAUAAUUUCUCUUUAACUUCUAUAAAAUCACUAAGGGAACACGCACACGAACAAAGCGUAACGUGAACCUUGGGAAACCUAUUUAUACCAUAGCGUAAAGGCUGUAUUUACUCUUGGAUAAGCGAGUCUUAAUGAUCCAACAAGCGCUAUUGGCCUUUUAAAAUAUAAGGAAACAAGUGAAUGGUUUGUUUUUUAAGAGAAGAAUCUUGGAUACCUUUCUCCUCAAUAGCUUCGACACAAACGAAUCUAUUUAUCAUCACGUUAUAUAAAUUUAUAAUUUGAUUAUGUGAAAGUGUGUCUGAGUAAAUAUAAACAAACAAACAAACGUGGUCUGACAGCGGUGAUGCAGCACAAAUUUAUGCUUGUUAACAUUAAAGAAAGAAAUAAGUAACUCAGAAGGACAAUUACUGCUUUUUCGAAUGCAAUUUCCAAACACCUUGCAAAACAGAUUAUCGAAAGUCCAACUGCAAAACUCUAAUCUAAUUAUUCAUAUACAGACUACAAAACUCUUGUGGUGAUUCGGUUUUGAUCAUCCGAUAGUAAGAGCCAGUCUGUAAAGGACGUGACCUGUUGACAAGCUUCGGUAGCAAGUGUUGAAUUUGGGUUCAAAUAUUUAUUUUAUGUAUACUACCCUCUAUUUAUACCGAGUGAAUUUUAACUGUUAUCUACACUGUUUUUUUAACAAACUAAAAUAUGCAAA